AGGCCUAGCUUUCGCGCGCCGCCGGCUGCCUGCCCCUAGCGACGGCUACUCGAAACCAUGUGCUUCUUUACUUCCUUUGAGCUGAUGUGUGUGUGUGUGUGCGUUCCAUGACACGCUGUGCCCGUGAGAAUGAUUGCGGACAAUAAACUCGGCGAUAUUUUAAAGUAAAGAAGACAGAGGCGAUCUUUGGCCGGCCACCAACGACCAUCGAGAGGACGACGAGACGGUGAAGUAGAAAGGAGAAGCGGUGCGGGGCAACAAAAAAGCCGAGAUAUGUGGCAACAGUGGAGCGCGGCCGCGCAGCCCGCUGCUGCCGCCGCGGCCGUAAUGCCGGCCGCGGCCGGACAGUCUUUUGUGCCGGCAGGACUCGGAGUGCUCGGUUGGCCCGCGGCUACGCCGGCGGCGACCCAGCCUGCCGUCUCGUACGCGUGGCCCCAGUGGACGGCGGCCGCUACGACUACGAGCGUCGCCGCAGCGGUGCCCACCGCGACGCCCGCGGCCGAUGCCGGCGCAGGAGGGGCGCCGGCUACCACGGCAGCAGCAGCAACACAGGAGGCGGCCGCAGCGGCUACGCCCGAGGAUGCGGAGCGCAUGCAGCAGUUGAAGACCCAGGCUCAGGCCUGGCAGCAAGCACAGCAGCAGGCCUGGCUGGCCUGGUCUCAGCAGUGGGCUGGAUGGACGUCCGCCUACGAGGCGGCUGCAGUCAAUUCCCAGCAGGCCGCCGCUGCAAACAAGGCUGCACCAGUGGCACCGGCGGCACCAGUAGCAGCGGCACCAGCGGCAGCACCGCCUGCUGCAGCACCGGCGCAGGCUGCAGCGGCACCGGCGGCGGCAGCGCCCGUCACUGCCGCCCCUUCCGUGGACGCGGAGGAUGCGGAGUUUGAGCGGCAGUUCAAGGAGUGGGAGAAGAGCUUCGAGAACUGGCUGACACAGAACCGGGAGCACCCGGACAAGGAGGCAUUUGCCCGUUACGAGAGUCAGUGGAAGCAGUGGCGUCAACAGCUUCUCGAUCGCCGCCAGGAGAUGCGCCAGAUGAAGUCCACAGGUGCAGCGACGGGUCAGGCUGCUGGUCAGGCACCUCCAGCAACCAGCACCCCUGCAGCUGGAAGUACACCGGCUGCACCACCACCGCAGCAGCAGCAACAGCAGCAGCAACAACAGCAGCAGCAACAGCAGCAAAUGCUAGCACAACAGGCCCUUGCUCAGCACCAAGCAUAUGCCCAGCAACAACAGCAUCAGCAAGCCCUCAUGCAACAGCAGGCAAUGGUGCCCCAAGCUGCAGCAGCAAUGAUGCCCCAGGCAGCCAUGGUUCCCCAGGCCAUGAUGACACAGGGCAUGGCCCCUCAAGGAAUGAUGCCACAGGCAAUGGUCCCACAGGGCAUGAUGCCACAAGGCAUGACCCCACACGGGAUGGCUCCACAAGGGAUGCCUCCACAGGGAAUGCCACACCAGGGCAUGACCCCACAAGGUAUGCCACCGCAGGGGAUGAUGCCACAGGGGAUGGCACCACAAGCCAUGAUGCCCCAAGGAAUGAUGGCUGCUGGUAUGAUGCCACAGGGAAUGGCUCCUCAGGGUAUGGCUCCUCAGGGCAUGCCAGGCAUGAUGCAACACCAGGGUCACCCUCAGUCUCAGCAAGAGCAAGGUCCUCCGUCAGGCAUGGGGCCACCACAUCGAGGCAUGGGCCCUAGGGGAGGCAUGGGGCCCAGAGGUGGAAUGGCCCCACGAGGAGGCAUGCCCCCACAGGGAGGCAUGGGCCCACCACACGGUGGUAUGGGUCCCCAAGGUGGCAUGGGUCCCCAAGGUGGCAUGGGUCCUCAAGGCGGCAUGGGCCCUCAAGGCGGUAUGGGCCCACAAGGUGGAAUGGGGCCACGAGGCGGCAUGGGGCCACGAGGAGGCAUGGGGCCACGAGGAGGCAUGGGCCCUAGGGGUGGCAUGGGCCCUAGAGGAGGCAUGGGGCCUCAAGGUGGCAUGGGGCCACGUGGCAUGAUGCCCAGAGGUGGCCCGAGGGGUGGGCCAAGAGGACGUGGUGGACCACUAGGCCCUUCAGACUUUGGGCCCUACCGACCCCCUCUGUCCCCACAGCAGCAACAGCAGCAGCAGUUCCCUGGUGGCCAGCCUGAAGGGGCAGACGGUGACGACGAUGGUGAUGGUGAUGGUGGCUUUGGUGGAGGCAGGCCCUUCAGAGGACGAGAUGGGCCACGUGGAAUGCCCCCACGGGGUGGACCUCCAGGUCGUGGUGGACGUGGUCGCCCGUUCGGUGGUGGUGGGGGCCCACCUGAAGAACCCUUUGGAGGUGAGCAGGACAUUGGUCCCGAAGGAGAUGAGUACGAAGGCGGCCCCGACCAGUUUGACACACCUCCUCACCAUGACUUCGGACCUCCUCCCCCGGGCAAGUUUGGAGGCGGCCCGCCCGACAAGCCAGAGUUUGGUGGGAUGCGGCACCCAUCACCAUACGUGUGGCAGAACCCCAACCAGCGAGGUGGAGGCAGGGGGGCACCCAGGGGCCGUGGUGGCUUCUUUCCUGGCCAGCGCCCCCCACCUCCCUCACAGUGGGGCGGUGGUCCUCCCGAUGACCGGAGGCCCGGUCCUCCCGAUGACUGCAGGCCUGGCCAUCCUGAUGAACACAGACAAGGGCCUCCCGACGACCGGAGACCUGGUCCUCCCGACGACCGGAGGCCCGGCCCUCCUGAUGACUGGAGGCCUGGACCCCCUGACGACCGGAGACAGGGCCCUCCAGAUGACCGAAGAAUGGGCCCUCCCGAUGACCGAAGAAUGGGCCCUCUGGACGACCGAAGAAUGGGCCCUCUGGACGACCGAAGAAUGGGCCCUCCGGACGACCGAAGAAUGGGCCCUCCGGACGACCGAAGAAUGGGCCCUCCGGACGACCGAAGAAUGGGCCCUCCUGACGACCGAAGGCAGGGCCCUCCUGACGACCGAAGACAGGGACCUCCAGACGACCGGAGACCGGGCCUUUUUGAUGACCGGAAACCCGGCCUUUUUGAUAGGCCCGGCGCUCCUGACAAUCGUAGGCCUGGUGGCCCUCUUGACAACCGUAUGCUUGGCCCUCCAGAUAACCGUAGGCCUGGUCCUCCUGAUGACAGGAGCCCUGACUGGAGUGGUGGCCCUCCUGAGAAGCGUUGGAGGGGACCACCAGAGGGUGAAGACGAUGUGGCACCUGGUGGACGACCCAAUGGGGAGCCACCACGUGAUUUUGAGUCGGGCCCUCCACGUCAGCAACCACCGUUUGACGGGGACCACAAGGAUCCACAGCGGGACAUGCCCGAAGGAGAUCUGCCACCGCUUGGCAAGGGCGAUCCGGAGGCAGACCCCGAGCGACCGCCCCGUCCAGACUCUCGUGAGAUGAACGAGGACGACAUGCGUGGGCGACGUGGUCCGGGGGGACCCCUGCCGGGCAGGAGCCCCCCGCGACCGGGGCAGGAUGCAUUUGCCGAAGACCAUUGGGACGGCUUCGACGAGAGCGAGCCGUGGCCACCGGGUCCCCACCGUGGGGGUGGUCCCCCGCCCCCCUGGAUGGGAGGUCCACCAAGAGGAGGCCCCAUGCAACGCCGGCCACCGAGGGGGUUCCCUCCUAUGCGGGGUGAGCCUCGUGGAGGGAUGAGAGGACGCCCCAUGCCUCCGCCGGGUGGUUGGGACAUGCCCGAGUGGGGACCCCCGCCCCCCUGGGGGGGGCCCAUGCGUGGAGGGCCUCGGCCGCCCCCUCCGGAGUGGAGACACCGCCCGAUGCCACCACACAUGUACCCUGACGAGCCACCGUUCGACUGGGAUCGGCGGCCGCAGCCGCCCCCCUGGGCAGAGGAGCCGCCAGAAGCACCGUGGGAGCCCGAAGUGAUUGACUACGGUCACCGGCCAGCUGACCUGCCUGGAGGAGCAAAGUUCGAGUCAUUUGACUACGGCCAUGGCAAAAGUGCCGAGGAAAAAAGACAGCUGCCUCAAGUGAUGGACUACGGUCAUGGAGCGCCGUUGCGCGAGCACAGGCCAGUCUUCGACGACCUUGAACUGCCGCCGGCAUUCAGGGACGGCGGCAGUCGCCCCAGUACACCCGAGCCACCUCCGCCGCCGCCUGCGCCUCCUGAACCGCAAGUGGUCUCCGUCGAAGACCUCCUGGGGCUGCCCGGUCGGGAGUCGCGUCCUCCGCUGCUGUGCGUGGUCGUGCGUGGCCCUCCAGGCUCGGGCAAGUCGUUCCUGACGCGACUGCUGAAGGAACGCGAGAUGGGCGCUGCCGGAAGCGUGGCACCACGGGUGCUUGCUCUCGACGACUACUUCAUGCAGGAAGUGGAGGUGUCCGAACUCGAUCCAGACACAGGCAAGCGUGUCAAGCGGAAGGAGUUCCGAUACGAGUACGAAGCAGAGAUGGAGGACGUGUACUUUAGCAGCCUACUCAAGUCAUUCCGCAAGACAGUGGACGGCCGGCUUUUCUCAUUUGUGCUGGUCGAUGCGGUUCUGGCGCGGCUACAGCAGCUGGAGCAGUUCACAGGCUAUGCACGCCAGAAUGGAUUUCAGGUGUACAUAUGCGAGCCCGAUUGCCUGGAUCCCGAGGAGUGCCACAGGCGCAACGUGCAUGGCCGUUCCCUCGAGGACAUUCAGCGGAUUGUGGACUCCUGGGAGCCGGCACCUAGGCAAUACCCCCGACUUGACUGCAGUAUACUGCUUAAUGAAAUGGAAGACAUGGAUGGAGAGCUACCGCCAGCCGACACUGAAGACAGUGUAGCUGGUGGUGGCAGUGGAGAAGGCGACGGCAAUGACGCAGCUGCACCUGAAGAAGAGGAGGAGGAGGAGGAGCCCGUCCACAAGCCAAGCCGAUGGGAGCUGAUGACAGACACCACAAGCAGCGGAGAGCGACUAUUAAAACUGGACGGCCUGAGUGGCCAGAAGCUCAAGCACACCUCGAUGGACGACUAUCUACAGCUGCCCGACGACUACGAAGAGCGGCAUAGUGAGCCGGGCAAGAAACGGGUGCGGUGGGCUGACAUAGAGGAGAGCAAACAGCAGAAGCGUAUGCGGGACAUUGGCUUUGUUGUGGGCCAGACGGAUUGGUCCAAGUUCACAGACCCCACCCAAGCCGAGAAGGCACUCACACGGACCAAGUACAUCUGAAUCACCCUCCUCCCACCUUCACUCAUCUGAAAGAAAAAGAAAAAGCACAUGAUCGCCCACUCG